AUGCAAUCUCCCCGGCACCUUGGUGCACCUUUCGCAACCACUACCACCAACGUACCGAAUACUUCCACAACCACACACGAGCCUUCUGCAUCGUCGAGUCGCAAGCGUAAAGCCGAAUCGCAACCCGAUGAGCGUCUGGUCAAGCGCCUCGGGCGCCUCAAUAUCGAGAAGGAUGGCUCCAAGCUCUACGUACCGGUCGAGAAUCCGACACCGUCAACGUCGGGAUCAGCGCAUGUAGAAGAGGCUGCCGAUCCCAUGGCCGUCGACGACUCGAAACACAAAGUCUACAUCUACAAUCUCGACGACGAACUGUCGUCGUCCGACACAGAGAGCGAAGACCGGCUCGUCUUCUUGCCAGACAUAGAUCGUCAUUUACGGCAGAACCGCAUACCACCCCAUAUACUAGCGAAUAGCGAGGGCGAACUCGCGGGCAUGCAGAUGGUGCUAUACAGCGAUCCAAAAUCACUCAGCGUCCCCGAGAGCAAAGACAGCGUCCGCAAGGCGAUCAUUGAGGCACGACAGAGGUUGAGAGACCAGCAAGGGGGCAAGAUGGAAGCUACUGAUAGCGCACACCCCCCGACGGUGGACGGCACCAAUACGAAUGCUGCGCCGAUGCAAAAUGACGCGGAGGCCAUGGACUUGGAUUGA